AUGGAGCGUGUGAUAAACGGAGCAGGCUGGAGACGGGAAAAGCAGCGCUAUCAGCCGCCACAGCACCCUGCGAUCAGGGCCCCUCGGGGCUCGGGUCCGAAAGCAGGCCACAGCUCGCAGCUUUCCCCUGAAAUGCCCAUCAGGAUGACGAACGAGAAAGAAUUACUUCGCGGCCUGAAUGACCGAUUUGCAGGUUUUAUCGAGAAGGUGCAUCAUCUGGAAAGCCAAAACAGAGCGCUGGAAAGGGAGAUCGAGGCCAUUCGGCUGAAAGCAAAGUCGUCCACGACUCUGGCCAGGCAGUACGAGCCGGAGCUGCAGGAGCUGAGGAGGCAGGUGCGAGAAAUGGCGAGGCAGAAGCAUGAGAUGGAGCUGGAGCAGAAGCGCGUCGAGGAUGAGUUUUACGCGCUCAGGGAGAAAUGCGAGCAGGAGGCGCGCAGCAGAGCUGAAGCCGAGGAAAACAUUUCUGCGCUCAAGAAAUACAUCGACGACGCGUCUUUAUCCAAACAAGGCAUGGACAGAAAGGCGAAAGCUCUUGAAGACGAGAUCGAGUUCCUGAAGAGAAACCACGAGGCUGAAGUGACCGAUAUUUUGACGCAAAUGAACGAGACGCGCUGCGUUUCUGCGCAAGGCAGCGGCUUCGGAAAAGGCGAGCUCACCGCGGCGCUCAGGAACAUCAGGACACAGCUGGAGGCUCGCGCUUUCUGUCCACACUCAGAACAGCGCUUCAGCGAUCAGCUGGCCAGGCUCACCAAAGCCGCCGAGACCGAAAGAGAGGCUGUGAUCGCCACCAAAGCUGAAAUCAGCCAGUACAGAAGUCAGCUGCAGGCCAAGACCGUGGAGCUGGAUUCAGUCAGAGGGAUGAGAGAAGCUCUGGAGAGGCAGCUGUAUGACCUCGAGCAACGACACACUGCUGAAAUCCAUCACUACCAGGACACCAUUAGAGAGCUGGAACAGGAGCUGAAAAACACCAAAUAUGACAUGAGUAAUCAUGUGCAAGAGUAUCACGAUCUGCUAAAUGUGAAAAUGGCCCUGGAUGCUGAAAUCUACUCAUACAGAAAAUUGCUGGAGGGUGAAGAGUCAAGAUACUCCGCUCUUUCGGAUGCACAGGGACCAAUGCCGUAUGUUUACAGGCAGUCACCCAUCUAUACUCUGCCUAGUGUCCCAAGGGUGGGGGGAGUGAGUCGGAAAGCAGAGCCGCAGUACAAGUUUGUCGAGGAGAUUAUUACAGAGACAACCAGGGAAGACAUAGAGAUAUCAGACACGGGGUCUGAUGAUGCUGAAGAACAAAGGGAGGGUGAUCAAGUGUGUAGCGGAAAAGAGAAAGCAGGUGGAGCAGCAGGAAGUGAAGGACAUUUAGAGGGAAAAAAGACCCAAGAAUCAGACGCAAAGGAUAAGACAGACAGCCCUGAUGAAGAGCAAUUGGACAAUAAAGGAAAACCAACAGAAAAUGAAAAGCAACCACUAAAAAAGUCUACAGAUGUUUCUAUGGAUCUCAAGGAAGGCGGCAUGAACACUCAACAAGCACAAAACAACUUACCUGCAUCAGAAGAAAGUGGAGAAAAAGAUAUGGCUAACAAUUACAACAAAGAUGGUGAGACAGAAUCCGAAACCAAGGAACCAGAUUUAGACGCAAAAACAGUAAAACUACAAGCAGGUCUAAGUGGCGAUGGCGAUGUAGAAAAGGUAGCUCUCAACACUGAAAAAGGAAAACAGGACCUAGCAAAAGAAAUAGACCAAACCAGUAUUAAACAACCCAAGGCAACAGAGCAAACAGCUACACAGGAGGCUAUUACAGAGCCAGGACAAAGUGCCAUAGAAGAGAUUUCUCCAAAAUCUGAUAACGAAAAGGCAAAAAAAGAGACACAACAUGUAGCUGAGCCUCAAGAUUCCUCUACUGGAAAAACAAUGACAAAAGAGAAAGAAACUAGUGAGGUGAAAUCUGUGGAGAUCGAUCCAUCCACUGCUGACCCGCAGCCAGUAUCUCAAAAAGCUGAGGCAGGACAAGAGACACGUCCUAACAGCGAAGCAGAUUUAAAGCAGGGUGUAGAAACUUCGCAAGCUGUUGUACCCGAUACAACUAAAGCAGCGAGUGCACAGGAUAAUACAGCAGAGGCACAAAAAGAGCUGGCAGGGAAAGUAAAGACAGAAGCACCGCUAAAAAGUGAAGUAAAACAAAUCAAAUCUGAGGAGGAGAAAAAAACUGACCGCAAAUCAAAGGCUGAUACAGAAACUGUGAAACCAGGAAAGGGAGACAGUGCUCAGUGUACAGAGGCACAAGAAAAACAUGAGGAUGUCUCCAAAACCACUGCUAAAGAAACAGGAGCUGAAACAUCUGAUAGAAAGGAGAUUCAAACAAAGGACUUAAUGGACAGUACAAAAACAGAGGAAAGUACUGAAUCAAAGAAAACGGUGAAAGAGACUGAUGAAAUGCAAAUAAAAAAACAGCUGAUGGUUGCAGAGAUGGAGACAAAAUCAGAGGAGCAGUCUCAUAAAAAUGCAGAUGGCACUCAAGAAGGCAUGGUAGACAGUCAUAAAACAGAGGAAAUCAUCACAACCAAAUCUUCUGAAAUACAAAAAGAGGACAUUGAGAAGGACUUGGAGCCAAAAUCUACUGAAAAGGAAACAAAAUAUGAGCAAAAACCAGAGAAACAAGGUUCCAAGGAGCAUGAACUGGAGACUUCUGAGGACAUCAAAGAGAUGAGUAUAAACAAGCCUAAGGGGCAAGAGAUAGACAAUGAAAGCUCUCAACAUGUCCAACCUGAACAGAGUGUUCCAAAGACCUCACCGGAAAAAGAGCAAAGUAUAGACCAGACGAGCACGGACAAAGAUUCACAUGAAAUCAAGGACACCAAAAUUGAGAAAUCGGACAAGACUGAUAGCAGUGAGGCAAAGCAGGACAGGACCAAGAUGGACACAAUGAAAAGUAAAGAUCUUGAGAAGGAUCCUACACCCCUGAAAGAUUCCAAAACACUGGAGGCAACAGAGCAAGGACAAGCCUCAUCUGAGAAAGGGCAAGACAACAGCAUGAAAGUGGAUCUGAAAAAACAGAGGGAUGUGCCAGCAGUAACUGAAAAUGGAGUAAAUAUAUGAAUGAAGACACCUUUUUGAAACACCUUCGCUGGCUGUAUUAGUCAUUCAAAGUGUACAAGUAACUCAAAGUUUAGAUAAAUCACAUCACGCAAAUACUUUAAUAACUGCAUGAACCGCUGAAUAACGGCAUGAAACGACAUAUCUGCAGUGCUAACCUACAUGCAACUCAAGAGCUGAUGUCUGCAUGUGUGCCGAUAUCUAGGUUAAAUCUAGGCUGAUGAAUAAAAGAUGUAGUAAAAGAGAAUGUAUAUGUCUCAAUGAAAAUAUUUUGCUAUAC